CGGAAAUGACGUCACUGUCUCGCGACAAGCGUGCACCUAGAGGACGCCGAGCAGGGCAUGGAACACAUCGGUGCUUUACUACUGCUGUGGACGUGUGUGUCACGUUUACAUCCAACAGAAGGUUUUCCAAGGUGCAGCACGGAGCAGUUUGUGUGUAAUAACGGCAGAUGUGUGCCUCUGAGUCUUCACUGCGACAGUGUGGAUGACUGUGGAGACAGCAGCGAUGAGAUCUCCUGUUUGAAUUGCACUGGUGGUUCCUUCCACUGUGUGGCAGCAGCACGCUGCGUUUCCUCCCACAGUGUCUGCGACGGCAAGCCUGACUGCUCUGAUGGAGCAGAUGAACUGUUAGACUCAUGCUCACAAGCAUGCACUAGGUCACAGUUCCGGUGCACAAAUGGACGCUGCGUGCCCAAUUCAGGGAGGUGUGACAACAUCAAAGACUGUGAAGAUGGCAGUGAUGAAGAGAACUGUGAUGACAAUGAAUGUGAGAUCAAUAACGGUGGCUGUUCUCAUCGGUGUAUUGAUCUGCCUCUUGGUUUCAUGUGCGACUGUCCUAGUGAAAUGAGGCUGGUUCUUGACACACACUGUCAGGAUGUGGACCACUGUCUUGAUUCAGAUGUGUGUGAUCAAAUUUGUGUCCAUAACAAUGGAUCUCUUGCGUGUGAAUGUGAGGAAGGGUAUGUGCUGACCGCCGGGACUGGAGAGUGCAAGUCUACCGGUGUUGCUGCUCGUGUGGUGGUCAGCACUCUCGAAGGUGUUAAAUGGAUGGACCUCAGCGGUUCUGAGCAAGGAAACGUCACACAUAUAAGAGCCCCACCAGGACCCGUUUCUGCCCUUAAUGCAAAUAACACGUUAUACUGGAUCAUUCCUGAGAAUGACAUCAUCUACAGGAUGCCUUUAGACUCCAGUGACUUUAGACCAGCUGUGUUGUUAAAGGCCUCCACAGGCAUUCUAGGAUUAGCAGUGGACUGGAUCCAUGAGCUUCUGUACUGGGUCAGUACCAGUACUCAUGCUUUACACGUGGCCUCUCUGAAUGGCUCCACACAAAGUGAGCUCAUCUCUGGGCUCUCCAGACCUACUGCAGUUGCUGUCCAUCCGAUGCUAGGGUACGUGUUCUGGGCAGAUAGUGCAGCGCUUCCCAAAAUUGAGCGUGCCAGUUUGGAUGGGACAAGCAGAAUAGCGCUGAUAACUUCAUCAAUACGUGAUCCUGUCGCCAUCUCUUUGGAUAUCCCUCGUGGUCUGCUGUAUUGGGCUGACUCUGGUCUGCGCAUAAUAUCAAGAGUUGCAUUUGAUGGGCAGCAUAGAAAGACAAUUGUAGAGUCCAACGGGUAUCUAGAUCGACCGUUUGGACUGGCCAUAUUUGAGAGUCGAGUGUACUGGAGUGACCAGGUGACCAACUCUAUUUGUAGUGCUGACAAACACAAUGGCAACAUGCUCCAGGUUUCUCAGAGACUGGGUUCUGUUUCACCAGCUGGACUGGUCAUCCUUCACCCACUGUUACAGGCUGCAGGCAAUGAUGUGUUGCAGUCUGAAACAAGAAAAACUUUUCCAGUUUCACAAUUUGCUUGGCUCCUCUCACUCACUGUCAUCGUCAGUUUGCUGUUAGUGGGGGCGGUGAUAUGGCAGCAGAGGUCUGAAUUCUGUGCCCCUCGUUCUAUGUCUCAUCUUGGAGACGAGACACUUAAAGAAUCCCAGGAUCCUCUUCUGUUAUCCAGACUGCCUGUAAUACAUGAGAAUAAAUUUCCUGAUAUUUUCAAAGUGCCAUAGACGAUUGCUUGUGUUUUCAGGAUGGCACACAGAAUGGUGCAACGCACUGCCAUGGACAUGGGGUUUUCCUGUAAAAGGACCUCUGUGUUUCCUGUGAUGGAAAUUACCACCCCCAUUUCCUGUUGUCAACUGAAGCGAGGCAGACAAUCAUCCUACUUGCAGACACAUCCUACUGCAGAAAAAAAACGCUCUUAAAUGCUUUCCAGAUGUCUGUUUAUGAUUUGAUAAUCACAGAACUAGUCAAAUUAAGCAUUCAGUGAACUCUUUUAGUUCUUUAAUAGAAUUGUAUCGGCCUGAAUACCUUUUCAUUUUACUCUUUAAAUCUGGGCGUUCCACUUUGACACAGAACAACAAAAUGUCAUCAUCAUCAUUGUGUUGUGAGUUCCAGGUCAAUAAAUAAUUGACCGUGUUAUAUGGUAUUAACUGUGCUGUUAGUCAUUACAUGACAUUUCUGACUUUCAAGCUCGUUUUAAGGUGAUGGGAUAAGUGGCAAAUGUCCAUUCACUGUCGAAUUUAUAGAUGCACAAGUUGACCAAUCGUGUCUUUUGUAUGUGUGCAUAGAGACAAAAUCAGUGUGGAACAUAUUUUAUUUAGAGAUUGACGGGUGCUGUUAAUGCUUUAGAGCAGGGGUGUCAAAUUCAGUUCCUGGUUGGCCGCAGCACUUAAGAGUUUUGCUCCAACACAAAACCUGAGAACAUGAUCAUCUCGAUAGGGUGUGUUUAAGCAGGCUUGACUUUGGCCAUCCAGAAAUGGAAGUCUGAUAAUCCCUGCUUUAGACUAAAUUAAGAGUUAUUUAUGUAAGCAGAGAAAACAAUGCUAUUUAUUCAUUGUGUGUGUGGUUCGGAUCACUUUCCAGUUCUCUUUACGUUGCAGUGUUGAAACUGUAAAACAGGUUUUUGCUGUCCUUUAUGAUUGUAUAUAGUUUGAAAAAAAAAAAAUGGGUUGAAUGCUUUUAAUGACUCAUGGUAAAGGGCUUGAUGGAAUAAAAUGCAAGUUGGAAAUUG